AAAGAGCAACUGCCAUUCUUUCAAAAUACCUAGGGAGAGGCAGAGAGGUGGCCGCUGACUAUGAGCAGCAUUGAACAAACAGCUGAGAUUCUGUUGUAUCUAUCUCCUGUUGAAGUUGCCAACCUCAAAGAAGGAAUCAACUUUUUUCGAAAUAAGAGCACAGGCAAGGAUUACAUCUUCUAUAAGAACAAGAGCCACCUGAGGGCAUGCAAGAAUCUGUGCAAGCAUCAAGGAGGCCUGUUCAUAAAAGAUAUCGAGGAUUUGGAUGGAAGGUCUGUUAAAUGCACAAAGCACAACUGGAAGCUAGAUGUAAGCACCAUGAAGUAUAUCAAUCCUCCGGGCAGCUUCUGUCAAGAUGAGCUGGUUAUUGAAAUGGAUGAAGAAAAUGGACUCUCACUUCUAGAACUUAAUCCUCCCAACCCCUGGGACUCAGAGCCCAGAUCACCUGAAGAUCUGGCUUUUGGGGAAGUUCAAAUAACAUACCUCACUCAUGCCUGCAUGGACCUCAAGCUGGGAGACAAGAGAAUGGUGUUUGACCCUUGGUUAAUCGGUCCUGCUUUUGCCCGAGGAUGGUGGUUGCUUCAUGAGCCACCAUCUGACUGGCUGGAGAGGCUGUGCCGAGCGGACCUAAUUUACAUCAGUCACAUGCACUCAGACCACCUGAGUUACCCCACACUGAAGAAGCUUGCUGAAAAAAGACCAGAUAUUCCCAUUUAUGUUGGAAACACAGAAAGACCUGUAUUUUGGAAUAUGAAUCAGAGUGGUGUUCAGUUGACUAAUAUCAAUGUAGUGCCAUUUGGAAUAUGGCAGCAGGUAGACAAAAAUCUUCGAUUCAUGAUCUUGAUGGAUGGCGUUCAUCCUGAGAUGGACACUUGCAUUAUUGUGGAAUACAAAGGUCAUAAAAUACUUAAUACAGUCGACUGCACCAGACCCAAUGGGGGAAGACUGCCUAUGAAGGUUGCUCUAAUGAUGAGUGAUUUUGCUGGAGGAGCAUCAGGAUUUCCAAUGACUUUCAGUGGUGGAAAAUUUACUGAGGAAUGGAAAGCCCAGUUUAUUAAAACAGAAAGGAAGAAGCUCCUGAACUACAAGGUUCGGCUAGUGAAGGACCUACAACCCCGAAUUUAUUGCCCCUUUGCCGGGUAUUUUGUGGAAUCUCACCCAUCAGACAAGUAUAUUAAGGAAACAAACAUCAAAAAUGACCCAAAUGAACUCAACAAUCUUAUUCGGAAAAAUUCUGAUGUGGUAACAUGGACCCCGCAACCCGGAGCCACUCUUGACCUGGGUAGGAUGCUCAAAGAUCCAACAGACAGCAAGGGCAUCAUAGACCCUCCAGAGGGAACUAAAAUUUACAAGGAUUCCUGGGACUUUGGACCAUAUUUGAAAAUCUUGAAUGCAGCUGUAGGAGAUAAAAUAUUUCUUCACUCAGCCUGGAUAAAGGAGUACUUCACCUGGGCUGGAUUUAAGGAUUAUAACCUGGUGGUCAGGAUGAUUGAAACGAAUGAGGACUUUAGCCCUUUUCCUGGAGGAUAUGACUAUUUGGUUGACUUUCUAGAUUUAUCUUUUCCAAAAGAAAGACCAAGCCGAGAACAUCCAUAUGAGGAAAUCCAGAGCCGGGUUGAUGUCAUCAGACAUGUGGUGAGGAAUGGUCUACUCUGGGAUGACUUGUAUAUAGGAUUCCAAACCCGACUUCAGCGGGAUCCUGAUGUAUAUCAUCAUCUGUUUUGGAAUCAUUUCCAAAUAAAACUCCCACUAACACCACCCAACUGGCAGUCCUUCCUGAUGCACUGUGAGUAGCGCGGAUCUGAGAUUUCUCAGAGAUGCCAAGCAACAUGAAAAAGUCAAGAAUGUACUGAUGCUACACUUUGUACACAAGAAGCUUAUACCAAAGAAACUAUGUUUUAUUGACAUCAACCAUGGAAAUUACAUUUUGUGUUUGUGAGAUGUUCACAUAUCUUAUGUUUGUGGAUUGCUACAUAGCCAGAUUGUUAAUAUUUUACUUAUUCCAUUCACAAUUCUCUGUAAAAGAACCAGUGAACUCAAUAGGAACAAAUUCUCUAUGAAAAACAAAGCAUAAUAGGCGGAGAUGUGAAUCCAAGCAUAGAAGAAAUAGAAAAGGAGAAAAUUUUUCCUAGAACACAAUGAGGAAAAAGGACAUGGGGUGAGAAGCUGAGUUAGAAGAAGGAGAGAAAGAAGAAACAGAUAAAUGAGGGACCAUAAGAAAAAAUUUAGAUGGAAUUUUAAAAGAAGAAUGGAAAAAUAGACAUGUUGUUCCUUAAUAGAGAGAUUCUCUAAAUAAGGUCCAUGAAGAAAGUUGAGUAAGAAGAGUUUGUGAGCUGCUUUCAGCUUUUCAAAAAGCUUUGUUGGAUUCAUAUUUUACUAAAACAAGGACACCAAAAGGCUGCCCUAAAAAGUAAAAUUUCAUUGGGGCUGAAAUUAUUUUGAUUCGGUGACAAAAAUUUUUAUUUAAUGUAGCUUAUAAAUUCUAACAUAGAUCUUUGACUAAUAAAAAGUAUGAACACUACUAAAAAUGAGUGUUAUAGAUAAAUAUUAUUCAAAAUCAAUAGAAAAAUCAACAAUAAAGAUCUGUAUCUUGAAAAAAUUAAGAAAUCCUCUUCUGAACAGUUAAAAACAUUGUCUCAAUGGCCAAAAUAGGCAACCAAUUUAUGUUUGUGCUAAUGUCUAUUGUUUAUGAUAUUCACAUGAUUAAGACACAUACACACAAAUUUAUUCUUAGGAAAAUGUGAUCAUUAACUAGGUUUCUAUUUUACAUGUUGAUGUUUUCAAUACACACUCACACCUUGCUGAUUUAAACAUCAAAAUUGAUUUCGUUUAUGUACACACCCUCUUUAAUUCUGAAGAUACAAUAAUCUAACAGUGGAAUUUAUCUCCUUAAAUCUCUAAAUUCAUACUUUAAGUAGAAAUGUUGGCUGUUUACUUAUUAAGAUUAACACCAAUGAUGUUUGAUUAUUCUGGUUCACCUUACAUAUUAUGUGUAAUGGAAA